AUGCAGGCAAACGAACUUUCUAGAGUAUUACGACAUGUAAGAUGUAUAUUUAGAACAUGCAAUGGUGGUUUAUGCGCAGCUUCAAGUGGCUCUUCAUCGGAAGGAAGUACUGCUAGCACUCCUGCGCAAAGCAGUAGCGAUCCAUUCGACAGUGAUGAGGUCAGCGGUGAAGCAACCUUCUAUUACAUGAACGACGAUAUUACUGCGUGUGGAACAAAGCAUAACGAUAGUGAAAUGGUUGGCGCGCUAAAUGCAGCUCAAUUCGAUCCUCGAUCGCCGCAUGGUAAUCAGAACCUUAAUUCAUUAUGCAAUCGUCGAGUACGAGUAACAGGACCGGCAGGAACAGCAAUAGUUCAGAUUAUUGAUCGAUGUCCGCCAAGGGUGUCAGAAGGUGUCGGCUGUGUUAGCGGUGAUUUAGACUUAACACCAGCUGCAUUUAAGAUUGUUGCUGGUUCGCAAGAUUUGACACGAGUCAAAAUACAUUGGAAGUGGAUUUAA